AAGAAGAAGAAGAUCGAUGGAUGGUCUUCGUCUUCGUUCCAAACCCCCACCCCCCCUUUUAAUAGCCGUUCCCCUCGUUUCGGGAAAAGACUUCACAGACCCUUCACCCUCUUCUCUCUCUAUCUCUCUCUCUCUCUCUCUCUCUCUCUCUCUCUCUCUAACCUCUGAAGCUCUAAGCUCUCUUCUUCUUUGGAUAUACAAUACCACCAAUACAUAUAUAUCUAUUUAUGGACAGAGGAUGGGGCCUUACUCUCGACUCUGACUCACUCCGCUUCUUCUCACCCGCCACCGCCACCUCCAACACCCCUACCGUCGCCGCGCACCGCCCGCCCUCAGGCUUCCUUAAGCUCCUUGGCCACACCCGCCCUGCUGACGUCGCCUUGCCCAUGUUCUUCUCCGCAGCUCACCAGCCUCACCUCGGCCACCGACCCUCCUUCGAUGAGGAGCGGCUCUCCCGAGACACAGCCUCAGCUGUCUCUCCCCCGUCGCCCCCGGGGGAGAACCGCGCGGUUGCUGUAGGAGAGGUAGAUUUCUUCUCGGCUGAGAGCAAGAAGCAGUCUCCGCGGCCAGCCGAUGAGCCCUCAGCCGUCGUCAAGAAGGAGAUCGGCAGUGAAGCAAAUAUGGACGUAAAUACCGGAUUGAGGCUUCUGACGGCUAACAACGGAAGUGAUGAUUCAAUGGUGGACGACGGGAUCGGGUUCUCAGUCGAUGUGGAAAAUAAGAGAGCCAAGAACGAGCUGGUGCAGCUGCAAGGGGAACUGCAGAGGAUGAACGCAGAGAACCAAAAGUUGAAAGAAAUGUUGAGUCAGGUCUCGACCAAUUACAGCACUUUGCAGAUGCAUCUUGCCGCGAUGAUUCAUCAGCAGCAGCAAAGUCAUGGGGCUGAAACUAGACAAGAACACGAGGUCGACGAAGCGAAAUCUGUGGAGAGGAAACGCGAUCAAGAAUUGGUGCCAAGGCAGUUCCUAGAUUUAGUACCAUCCAAGACAGCUGACAAUGAGGAGGUAUGGAACUCUUCAUCUGAAGAGAGGACACGGAACGGUUCCAAGUCACCUGGGCACAACAUGGAACUGGCAUCCUCCGGUCAUAUAACUGAUCAAGAACAUGGCAAUUCGACGAGACCCGAGAGCCCUGACUCCGAAACCCAAGGUUGGGUUCCUAACAAGGCUCCAAAAUUGGAUGUUCCCAAGGCGAUUGAUCAGUCAGCCGAAGCUACGAUGAGGAAGGCACGGGUUUCUGUGCGGGCCCGAUCAGAAGCUCCCAUGAUAACGGAUGGAUGUCAAUGGAGAAAAUAUGGACAGAAGAUGGCAAAAGGAAACCCUUGUCCCCGUGCUUAUUAUCGUUGCACGAUGGCUGUCGGUUGUCCCGUUCGUAAACAAGUUCAACGAUGUGCUGAAGACCGAUCGAUUUUGAUAACAACCUAUGAGGGUAACCAUAACCAUCCGCUGCCACCUGCUGCCAUGGCCAUGGCCUCAACCACCACCGCUGCAGUGAGCAUGCUACUCUCAGGGUCAAUGUCGAGCUCCGAUGGUGCCAUGAUGAACCCCAACCUGCUAGCUCGGGCUAUACUCCCUUGCUCCUCCAGCAUGGCCACAAUCUCAGCCUCUGCCCCAUUUCCAACAGUCACAUUAGACCUAACCCACAGCCCAAACCCUAAUUUGCCCCUACAAAGGCCCCAACCCCACCAAUUCCAAAUCCCACCGCAAAACUUCCCCUCUGGCCAAGCACUCCCUCAGGUCUUCGGCCAAGCCUUAUAUAACCAAUCCAAAUUCUCCGGCCUUCAAUUGUCCCAAGACACGGCACCAAACUCGCAGUCGAGCCAUCAAGGGCAGGCAUCACUGGCCGACACGGUAAAUGCUGCCACUGCCGCCAUAACGGCUAACCCCAACUUCACAGCUGCCCUCGCCGCCGCCAUCUCAUCCAUAAUCGGCGGUGGCUCGCAUCCCAAUAAUGGCAGUAACAACAACAACAAUAAUGGCAAUGCGACGACGAGCAACAGCAACAACAGCAAUAAGAUGAACGGGUUCCUAGGGAAUUAGUUCUCAUCAAUUGAUCAUUUUUUCAAUCAUUUUUUUUACUACUGUUAAUUACUCUUUUUCUUCUCUUGUUGGCGGGUGGGGGAGGACAUACAUUAGAACCGGGUUACUUGUUCAUAGCUAAUCACGUACAUUUUGGUCUUUAUUAUGUCGGGAGAGUAUAUUAGUAACAGAUAUCACAAAACACAAACUUCAUUCUUUCCCUUUUCAUAUCGUUUCACUCUGUUAUAACUUCAUUCAAAUGGUUCAUUAAGGACGUAACUGAAAGCUCUACAUUGAGCAUCCGUUGUUUAAU